GCCGCUCGCUCCCGCUUGCCGGGGACCGCGGCGGAGACCGGGCGUGAGGAGCGGCGGAGCGCGCUCGCGGGCGGAUGGAGGCUCCUCCCCGCCGCCCCUGAGCCGGUGCACUGGAGAAGCCGCGCGCCCGGCCGCUCUCUCCCCGCCAGAGCCGCAGCAUGGUUGACUAUAUGGUGGAGUAUGACUAUGAUGCUGUACAUGAUGAUGAAUUAAGUAUUCGAGUUGGGGAAAUCAUCAGAAAUGUGAAAAAACUACAGGAAGAAGGAUGGCUGGAAGGAGAACUAAAUGGGAGAAGAGGGAUGUUCCCUGAUAAUUUCGUUAAGGAAAUUAAGCGAGAGACGGAACCCAAGGAUAACAAUUUGCCCAUCAAACGGGAAAGGCAUGGAAAUGUAGCCAGUCUUGUACAGCGAAUCAGCACUUACGGACUUCCAGCUGGAGGAAUUCAGCCACAUCCACAAACUAAAACCCUUAAGAAGAAGACAAAAAAGCGUCAGUGUAAAGUUCUUUUUGACUACGUUCCACAAAAUGAGGAUGAACUGGUACUGACAGUGGGGGAUAUCAUUGAUAUUAACGAAGAGGUGGAGGAAGGCUGGUGGAGUGGAACUCUGAACAAUAAGUUGGGACUUUUCCCCUCAAACUUUGUGAAAGAGUUAGAGCUCACAGAGGAUGGUGAAACUCAUGAAGGUCAGGACGAAUCAGAAAUAGCUUUGACUGGCCCUACCUCACCAUUACUGUCUCCGGGAAAUGGGAGUGAUCCUGGAUCAGUUACACAGCCAAAGAAAGUUUUCCGAGGAGUUGGAUUUGGAGAUAUUUUUAAAGAAGGCUCUGUGAAACUUAGGACAAGAACAUCCAGUAGUGAAACAGAAGAGAAAAAACCAGAAAAGCCCUCAAUUCUGCCGUCACUGGGAUCCAGAACCCAGAGUGUGGAGGUGACAAAACCAGACACCGAUAGUAAGAGUAAAGUUAAGGAAUAUUGUAGAACAUUAUUUGCUUAUGAAGGAACCAAUGAAGAUGAACUUACUUUUAAAGAAGGGGAGAUAAUCUAUUUGAUUAGUAAGGACACUGGAGAAGCAGGCUGGUGGAGGGGUGAGCUUAAUGGCAAAGAAGGAGUGUUUCCAGACAACUUUGCUGUUCUGAUAAGUGAACUAGAUAAAGACUUUCCAAAACCAAAGAAACCACCUCCUCCUGUAAAGGGUCCAGCUCCAAAGCCUGACCUGUUAGCUGCAGAGAAGAAAGCUUUCCCUCUAAAGUCUGAAGAAAAAGAUGAAAAAUCACUGCUGGAACAGAAACCCUCUAAACCAGCUGCUCCUCAAGUCCCACCCAAAAAGCCCACUCCACCUACCAAAGCCAAUAAUUUAUUGAAGUCUCCUGGAACAGUGUACCCAAAGCGGCCAGACAAACCAGUUCCUCCUCCACCACCAGCAGCCAAAAUUAAUGGAGACGUUUCUACUACAGUUUCUUCAAAGAUUGAAGCUGAGCCAGUAUCAAAACCAAAGCUAGACCCUGAACAAUUGCCAGUCAGGCCAAAAUCAGUAGACUUUGAUGCUUUCAUAGUCAGAAAUUCCAAAGAAACAGAUACUGUAAAUUUUGAUGACAUAGCUUCCUCAGAGAACUUGUUACAUCUCACUGCAAAUAGACCCAAGAUGCCUGGAAGAAGGUUGCCUGGCCGCUUCAAUGGUGGACAUUCUCCAACUCAAAGCCCAGAAAAAACAUUGAAGUUACCAAAAGAAGAAGAUAGUGGCAACCUAAAGCCGUUGGAGCUUAAAAGGGAUACAAGCUUCUCUUCAAAGCCAUCUCUUUCUACACUUUCAAGUGCUUCUAAAGUAAAUACAUCUGCUUUCCUAACUCCAUUAGAACUCAAAGCUAAAGCAGAAACAGAUGAUGGGAAAAAAAGUUCCCUGGAUGAACUUAGAGCCCAGAUUCUUGAAUUACUGUGUAUUGUAGAGGCACUGAAAAAGGAUCAUGGGAAAGAACUGGAAAAGCUGCGCAGAGAAUUGGAAGAAGAGAAGGCCAUGCGGAGUAACCUAGAGGUGGAAAUUGCAAGGCUGAAGAAAGUUCUUCUGUCUUCUUGAGGUGGUGUGGACCCAGUGUUCUUUAAUGCUCCAGUGAUUAGGAGCAACACUAUGAACUUAACCGAAUUGUUAAGACAGCAGAUGUGGUGUUGCAACGAAGAAAUGAGAGGAGAUGAACUGUGAUAUUACUGGAAAGUUAGGGAGUGUGACAGUUUUUUAAUAUAUAUAUUUUGUUUUGCCAAUAUGAAAAAGAGGCCUUAUUUCCUACUGUGCUGGGAUAGCAAACAUUUAUGUUGUUUGCUUGAAAAUACUACUGAAUCUGUAUAAAAAGGAAUGAAAGUUCACAAUAGUUUUUUUUAUUGAAACUUGUAUUAUUUUUAAAGAGUUCUAUACUAUAAAUAUCGUACUAUCUUUACAAAUAAGCUGUAAGAUAAACUAUUUGAGAUGGACGGGUUAGCUUUAUAGUAACUAGAAUCACUGCUUUCCUGUAAUACAUAAGGACAUAAACUUGUAUACUUGCACUACACACACACACACACACACACACACUUUUAGCUUCUUACCUAGGAUUACACUGUUGUGCCUGUGUCUGCAGUGCUGUUUGUACAUUGGGUGGUAAAAUAGGAGUUCCUAAUUAACGAGGUUCCUCACCCAUGCAUAAUGAAUCGAUAAUGAAAUAAUAAAAGUAAAUUAAACUUGUAGGGUGUUUUCUAAUGCUCACACUAUAGGGUUCAUUAAAGGAAGUUAGUUAAAAUAUACUGGAUUAAUCUUUGGGAAAAUACGAGCUUUGUUCUCAAUUCAUGUGGCCUAAGGAAUCUAAAAAUGUCAUGCUAAUUCUUAUUUGUGCCUAGACACUGCAGCACAUGUUAAAUAAUGUAGACACCAGCCUUAUUGCUGUAUUCUUGUGCUCAUUCUACAGUUCUAAAUAUUACUCAUUUCAUUAUCUUGUAAUUAGCUCUUUGUAGCCUUCCCUUAGUUUUCACUAAUGAUAACCUUAGGAAGCAAAGCCUCUAAACCCAGAUCUUUUCAAAAUUUUAGAAUGAAGGUCCAUAUUGGGAAAGCUAUAAUGUAAACUCAGGUUUUACAGACAUAAUUUCUCAAAAUAGAACACAAUAACUCCUAGAAAUAUUUUGGGUUGUUACUUAUGUAAAUGUUAAAAGAGUGUUAGUAUUUCACAAAUAGUAACAUUAUGGGUUAUGAAAAUCAAAUAUAAUUGACCAUGUUGAAGAUUAUUUCAGAAUGAAUGCUUAAUCAUUUUUCAGCAUCAAAAAUCAAUAGUGGAACAUCUUAGAUCAGCCACAUUCAGGGUGGUAUGGCUCAGCCAUGUAGGGCAACGUGUCUAAAAACAAUGAGGAAAUGGUUUUAUUUGUUGAAAAUCAAGUUAUAUUUUAAAGUUUACUUUAUUAAAUGAUUAUCAGAUUGAAGGUAUCAUGCUUCUUAAAAAAUACUUUUUCUUUACAUUUUAAUCUUAAAAUGGAAAAAUCUUUUUAAGUGAAAUGUCUUGUGUUACUUCAAAAAAAAGAGAACUGAAGUAGAAAAUAGAAUUGCCAACACAAAAUUACACUUGAUUAACUUUGGGGACAGCAUUAAUUUUGCAUCAAGUGUGCAUUUUAGUUUUUUUGGUUGUUGAAAAAGGGUCUUAUAUUGCUUGGGCUGGAGUCAACCUUGUUAUGUAGCAAAGAUGAUUUUAAAUUUCUGAUCCCCCUGCCUCUGCCCCCUACGUGCUAAGAUGACAGCCACACCACUGUGCCUAGCCAUUUUAACAUUUCAAGUCUAAGCUCAUCUAUUGAAGGGUUAUUGAUGGACAAAAUUAUUCGAUUUUAUCUUUAAGUGAUUAGUCAAAUGAAUCAAUUUGCUUUUUGUUAGUAAAUUAGCUCUUAAUGACAGUUUUCAGAUGAAAGUAAAUGGUCCUAUCUUAGAAAUCACCCCCCUGCUUUCCGCACUGGAGAUUUGUCUUCCCCCACAAUGCUGGAUGGAAAAGGUUCCCAGCAGUUCAAGCUUUGUUAUUUUCCCAUUGAAGGUUAUUUUAAUACAAAAAUAACGUAAAUAUUCAACAGUAGGCGAGUGACUAGUGUACGCUUUCUGGACAAACAUGUAGCUCAUAGAUGCUAAUUAAAAUGUAAAAAAUUGGGAAAAUAAUUCUUAUAGAAAAACAGAUAACAGAAAACUGAAUUUAUGUAAUAUAAGCAUGAGUAAGGAAAAUAAAAGCACAAUCCCUUAAUGUAUAUUAAAUUUGCACAGUUUGGUUCCUUUCUGAACUAUUAUGUAUCAUUUAUCUGCUUGGUGAUCUUGGCCCUGGCAACACAUAUAUUUUAAUACUUGUGAGCUACUAAAAUUUAUUGGCGUCAUGUAUGGUGACUACAUGCUUGUAGGUCGUAGACUGAGGAAGGAAAGGACUGAGUUUAAGGCCAGCCUGGACGGUAUAGAGACCCAGUGUCCGUUAGAAAGGAAACAACGUUCCUUUGGCAGCAGUGAUGGUGAUAGUGAGUGCUCUGCCCUCGCCUGUACAGUCAGGACAGCAGUGAUGGUGAUAGUGUGUGCUCUGCCCUCGCCUGUACAGUCAGAACGGCAGUGAGUGCUGCAGUGCACACUUUCGUCCGCUCAGUCAGAAUGGAGAAGUCAUACUGGCUUUGUCCUCCUUUUUUCUCUAUGUCUGCUUUUCUGACAUUAGCGAUAGAAUUCAGAAAAAAACAAGCAAGCUUGAACUUACUAAAGGGGAAAAAAUGAUUUCCUUAAAAUAAUAAUUCACCAGUAUUUUGCCCUUGAUAUGGGAACUUUUACUAUUCCUAAAGUUAAUAUCACAAAAUGAUAUUAAGUAUAACUUCUAUUUUGAGGUAAAUCCUCCCCACAUGUAUAAAAGACAACAUUGAAUCUAUCAUUGCCAAAUUACUAAUGAAAAGCAGAUUUUCUGUUCUUUGAAACAAUACUACUACGUUUCUGAUGGGAUUUCAAUGUUAUUUUGGUGUGCUUGUGACCACUAAGCUUAUUCCUUACUAUAAAGCUGUCAGCUCCAUUGAGCUGUGCAAGAUUUCACUGGGAAGCUGGAAGGUGCAGAGAGAAUGGGCCUGGUUUAACACUCCCUUAUGGUGAUCACAUACAGGAAAACGCUCCAAGUACUCUGGAUCUUUUGAUGAAUGGUUUAUGCUUACGUUUAAACUUGAAAUGUAUGAGCAGAAUGAGACAAUCUUUACAAUCAGAAUUGAGAAGUGUUACAGUUGAAUGGCCUUGUGCUGUAGCAAUAAAAUGACCAAGUGCAAUGACUUUAAUAAAAUCA